CGUCAUGCGCGGCAGCAGGAAGCGUUUUAUCAAAUGGAGCUGAUAAACCGCGAUAUUAACAGUAGUAUAAUCUACUUUGUCGUUUAGAGCUGCUUCUGCAAUUUUAACCAAACCAGCAGCAUGUCGGGGCAUUUCCACAUCAACACUCCGCUGCUGGAGAGCAUCAAAAUGUCCAAGCUGGUGGGAACCACCGUGUACCUGAAGAUGGAGAACUCCCAGCCUUCGGGUUCCUUCAAGCUCCGCGGUAUCGGACACCUCUGUCAGCAGCUCGCAGCACAGUCCAAAGGAGUGGUCUGCUCCUCUGGAGGUAAUGCUGGUAUGGCGGCGGCCUAUGUGGCCAGGAAGAUGGGCUUGCCCGCCACAAUCGUAGUUCCUUCAUCUUCUCCUGAGCUGGUGGUCCAGACUCUCCGGGAUCUGGGAGCUACUGUCAAGAUUAUCGGCAAGGUUUGGGAUGAUGCCAAUGCAGAAGCUCUCAGACUGGUCGAGAGCGAAGGCCUCACCUACGUCCCUCCGUUUGAUCACCCACUGCUGUGGCAGGGCCACAGCACCUUGAUCGCAGAGAUGGCGGCCUGCCUCGGCCCGGGAGUGAAGCCCGGAGCCGUGCUGCUGUCCGUGGGCGGGGGGGGGCUCCUGUGUGGAGUCAUCCAGGGCAUGAAGGAGGUGGGCUGGACGGACGUGCCUGUAGUCGCCAUGGAAACGGUGGGGGCGGACUGUUUGAACGCGGCGGUUAAGGCGGGCAAAGUGGUCACGCUGGACGACAUCACCAGCGAGGCCAAGUGCCUCGGAGCCAAGACGGUGUGCAGGCAGGCCUUCGAGUACAGCCAGAGCAGCCAGCCCCCCAUCAUCUCCGAGCUGGUGACCGACCAGCAGGCUCUCCAGGCCAUGCAAAGAUUUCUGGAUGAGGAGCGUGUGUUGGUGGAGAUGGCGUGUGGGGCGGCGUUGGCGGCUGUGUACAGCGGAGUUAUUACCAGAUUACAGAGUGAAGGUCGUCUGCCCGCCGCCUUGGGCCCCCUGAUGGUGAUCGUGUGCGGCGGCAGCAGCGUCAACAUGGAGCAGCUCAGUGAGCUCGCACAUAAACUACAGACAUAAAACUGUCGGUGUGUGUGUGUGUGUGUGUGUGUAUGUAUGUGUGUCUGGCAGGUGUUGAUGCAAUAUGGAAAGCAAAUGUUCCUAAUUAUUGUGGAAACAGUAAAGUUUGUAUAAUAUUUGUCAAACUUUGAAGCAUUAAUUUAAUGUAAUCAACAUCUUUCUGCAAUUUUAUUAAAUUUCUGCAAUUUAGAACUGAUGUCAUAAAUUAUCAUUUAAUUUGAAUGUUAAUCUUUUACCAGUAUUUCUACACAUGUAGCUUGUAAACAAAAACUUUUGAAGCAUUUUGUGUCAAAAAAACAAAAUAUAAUAAUUAAUAUAUAUUAUAAUAUAUAUUAUACAAUGCUGAAUUUUUAUUUUCCUGA